AUGGGUAUGAUCGGUGAGACUGUGGAUUCUAUCAAAUCUCUUCAGAUCCGUCAGGUCCUCACUCAGGCUGUUAGUCUUGGCAUGAUUGUUACAUCUGCACUGAUAAUAUGGAAGGCAUUGAUGUGCAUCACUGGCAGUGAAUCUCCUGUUGUUGUUGUUCUUUCUGGAAGUAUGGAACCGGGAUUCAAGCGGGGGGACAUCUUGUUCUUACACAUGAGUAAGGAACCAAUUCGAGCAGGGGAGAUUGUUGUAUUUAAUGUUGAUGGACGAGAGAUUCCGAUCGUUCAUCGUGUAAUUAAGGUACACGAAAGGGGAGAUAAUGGGGAGGUUGAUGUUCUCACAAAAGGAGAUAACAAUUACGGUGAUGACAGGCUUCUGUACGCUCAUGGUCAGCUGUGGCUCCAAAGGCACCACAUUAUGGGUAGAGCUGUCGGGUUCUUACCUUAUGUUGGCUGGGUGACAAUUAUCAUGACGGAGAAACCUAUCAUCAAGUAUAUUCUCAUUGGUGCCUUGGGGUUGCUCGUGAUAACUUCGAAAGAGUAA